GUCCGCACCGAUUGCUCAACAUGCCAGAAAUUGUUCGUCGCUCAUACACUUUUUGGUACUAUACCCCCUCACUGGCUGCGGCAGUCAUCUUCAUGAUUAUUUUCAUGGGAUUGACUGGGCUUCAUUCCCGGAAGAUGUUCGCAACUAGAACCUGGUUUUGCAUUGCGUUCACCCUUGGUGGCUUGUUUGAAAUCAUUGGCUAUAUCGGUCGCGCCAUCGCACAUAGUAACACGACCACUAUGGGGCCAUACAUACUGGCAAACAUCUUCAUUCUACUCGCUCCCACUCUAUUCGCCGCCUCGAUUUAUAUGACUCUGGGCCGUUUAAUUCGUCGCGUCGGGGCUGAACAUCUUUCGGUUAUCCGCGUCUCACGUCUGACAAAGACCUUUGUCUGGGGCGAUGUUCUGUCUUUCAUCGUUCAAGGCAAUUCCUCUUCCCUCUCGGUUUUGGGUUAUGAUCAAUGGGGAAAGGUGUGUGUCAUUGUUGGACUAGCGAUCCAGCUUAUCUCAUUCUCCAUUUUCUGGCUCUCGGCCAUUGUAUUUGAGAGGCGUAUCCGCCGCAAUCCUACUCCCCAAUCUCUCCAACCGGGAAUUCCAUGGAAGAAGACAUUAUACAUGCUUUAUGCUGUGAGUGCUUUGAUCAUGAUCCGCUCCAUUUUUCGCAUCAUUGAAUAUGUGCUUGGGAACAGUGGAUAUCCCUUGCAACACGAAUGGACGAUGUAUAUCUUUGAUUCUGUCCCUAUGGCGAUUGUCAUGAUUAUCUACCUGACGUGGUAUCCCAGUGGUAUAAAGGCCAAAACUGAUAUUGAGGCAAGUAUUCCCCUUGGACAUGUGUACUCGAAGGUCUGAUCGAGAUCAUUGGAGCUGAGGCUGUCUUCUAAUGCUAGAUUUCUUCCUUCCAAUUGCUUUUAC